AUGUUUGAAGGUCUUAUAUAGAAAGUAUUGUUAGCUAUCUUUGGUCGAUUUAUCGAUGGACUUGACAAGAAACAAAUUAAUUUGUCAUUUUUUAAGGGUAAUUUGGUUAUUGAGAAUGUUUCAAUAAAGAAGGAAGCUCUUGAAGCUUUGUAAUUACCAAUUGAAUUAGUAUACAGUUCAAUAUAGAGAAUUGAAAUAAAUCUUCCGUGGAAUAAAUUGACUACUUAAAGAACAGAAAUAAAGAUUCAUAGUGUUUUCUUAUUAGUCACUACUAUUUCUGAAGAAAUGUGGGGAUUAGAGGAGAUAAAUUAUUAUAAGCCAAAAGCAGCAUAAGUUAGAGCAUACAUUAAGAAAGUGAUGGAUGAAGAAAAUAGGAAAUAAGAGACAACAACAGAUAAUCAGGAGUCUGAUCAAAAAGAGGCAGGAUUUUUUCAAAAAUAAAUUACAAGAAUAGUUGAUAAUCUUUACAUUUCAAUUUCUGAUGUGCAUUUUCGUUAUGAACAUUGUAUUAGCAAACAUUCUUUUUCAUGGGGAAUAACUAUAAAUCAUAUAACUUAAUAGACAGUAGAUUCAGAAUGGAAAAUUUCAUAGGCAUCUAGUCCAUAUAUUCAUGAGCGUAAAGAUUCUACUUUUGUGAAUAAAUAAAUACAAUUAUCUAAAUUAGCAAUUUAUUGGAAUCCUGAUGAUCAUUAUCUCAUUUUGAGUAGCAUAAUUAAACCUUAACAAUACAAAAAUGUUGAUAUUCAAAAAGUUGUUAGUAAAAUGGACCCUUAUAAAAUUGAUUUAGAUCUUCAUCAACGUACAGUAUACUAAAUUGAUGAAAAAAUGCAAGCUAGAAUAUAAUCCAGAUUAUAAUAGGAAUUAGUUUAUGAACCAGAUAAUUUAACUAUGGGUAUCAAAACAUCAAAAUCCUCUAAAUAUAUAUUUUGUCUAAAUGCAGUGGCUAAUGUUGUAUAAACAUAUUAACAUUUUCGUAAAGUUCCAGAAUACAAAAUUAAAGUAGAAUUACAAGAGAUGGAUUUCAAAAUCAAACAUACAUAAUAUAAGGAAAUAUUAAAACUUGUAUCCAUAUUUAAUCUUUAUUAAUACAAUGCAAAAUAAUAAAUGGAUUAGUAUCUUACAUCUGUAAUGAGACCAUAUCAAUAAGACUUUUUUAAAAUGGAAACUAAUUCACUUUAUCUCAGAUCUUUAUUUUAAUAUCUCGUCAAGACUUAGAUACUAGAAAUAAGAAGAAAAAGAUUUCUUGAAUUUGAAAUGAAUGCAUUAUAAAGAAAAACAACACCAUCUGCUCUUUUAAAAUCUUAACAUAGAGAAUUAAGAUAGUACUAAUAGAUAGUGAUAAAGACUUCAAUAACUACAUUGUAAAUGUGGGCAAAAUAAGCUUUAGAAAUAUUUGAGAGAGCAAAAGAACAUCAUCAAAUUGAACAGGCAUUCAAGAAAGAGAUCGAAAAAGCAUACAAACCAUCAGCAUUUAUGGAUGAAGAAACUUAUGUUUAUUUGGAAUUUAGAUUGUCAAUUGUUAAAGGUAGUUUAAAAUUAUUGAGAAAACAUAAGAAUUUAGAAGAAGGAUUUACAUUAUUGUGGAAAAAUUUUGAUUUCUUUUUGUAAAAGAGAAGAAAUAAUUUUGAAUUGGAAUAAAUUAUAUAAGAUAUGGAAGUAUAAAUGUUUAGUGUUGAGGAGAAGAAUGAUAUAAUUGUACCUAUUGUAAAGAAAAUAAAAAGUUAUGAUAUUUAAGAAAAACCUCUCAUUUACUUUAAAUUAGAAAAACAUCCCUUAUCUAAACCUAAUUAUUUUAGUAGUAUCUAUUUAGAUGUAUAAAAAAUUGAAUUCAUGGUAUUUGUAGCCUCUUUGUAAAGAGUCAUUGCUUAUUUUAGAACACCUCCUUAAGAUGAUAGACAAUAGGAUAGCAAAGUAAAAGAAGAUGCAAAUAAGAAUAAGAAAGAACAAAAAGAUAAAAGAGAUGAUUCAGAUUAAGAUAAGAAAAUUGAAAUUCAAACUAAAAAUUAUAUUAACAUUACAAUUUAAUCACCUAUUAUUAUUAUUCCAAAUUAAUAGAUUAAUGAUUUACAUUCAGAUUGUUGGGUAUUAAAAUUAGGAGACUUUGAAAUAAUUACAGUUGAUGAUAGAUAAGUUCCAGGAUUUAUUAAAUUAGGAUCAGAUCAAUACAGAAAAUUAGGUUUAAGUGGAGAAAGUAUGGGAAGAUAAAAAAUAGUAGAAUAACCUUUAUUGACAGUUCAUAAUGAAAAAAAUUAAUUAGUAAGUUAAUUUAAUUUUUGUAAUGUUAAUUCAAUUAAUCCAUUAGAAAAAUCAGCUUCUUUAUAAAAUUUGUUAUAACCAUAAUUAUAAUAAGGAAUAAAAUAAAAGAAACAUCAUAAAUCUUAGAAUUAUGAUAAUUAUGUUAUGAAAUUAAAAUCAGUUUAGUUAUAAUAUUUUUCAUCAAUUCAUUACUUUUAUAAUUAUUAGAAAUUAAGUUAAACUUAAAGAGGUUUGGAUAUUUUGAAUAAUCCAUUAAGAAUGAGAUCUAAAAAAGAUGAUGUUUUAGAAGACUUUUCUAUGGAAUUGAAUCUUUAUUUUAAAAAGAGUACUUAAGUUAAUAUUCCUAAAACAAAGAUAAAUUUUGAAUUACCUUCUUUAAAAGCUUCAAUUAAUCCAGAAAUGCCUUAUAUAUUUUAAAAAUUGAUGUAAACUAUUAAUGAUUUAAGUGCUGAUCAAUCUUUAAGUAGUAUAUUAUAAUAGGAAAAAUCUAAAUUGAUUAAAUAUAGUUCAUGUAAAGGAAUUUUAAGAAAAAGAGGUAAAUUUUUGAGAUCUUGGUCAUCUUACUUUGCUGUAUUGUCUGGUUGGUAUAUAUACUUAUAUUAGAAUGAGAGUGAUGUAGAUUAUAAUUAAUAUGUUGGAUUAAGAGAUGUAGUUGUAUCUGAAUCAUAAUAAGAUAUUGGAGUAUAGAAUUCUUUUAAGAUUAAAUCUAAGAAAGAAAUUAUAUAUUUUUAGGCUAAAACAGCUUAGGAAAAGAAUAGAUGGUUCAAAUUCAUUCAAUAGAAAAUUCAUGAUAUCAAAACAAAAACUGGUAAUCUUAGAAUUGGAUCAGAAAAUACAGUGCCAUUAUAAAAUGAUAAGAGUAAACGAGAAUUUGAAUAAACAGUUAAAUAAGUACCUAAAUAGAAUGAUGAAUUGUUGACUAAAUAUAGAUUUCAAAUUAAAAGAUUUUAAAUUGAAUUAAAAUACAAUCUGAAAUCUGAAAUCUUAAUAACAUUUGAUUAAAUAAAAUUACUUAGUCUUUCAGGAAUAACUGAUAAUUAUUAAGAAUUUACAAUUGAUUCCAUUUCAAUUGAAGAUCAUGGAUAAUCUAUUUUAAGAUCUAUCCAUUAUUCAUAACCUAAUACUCCUAAUAUAUUGAAAGUUAAACAAAAUAUGACUGAAAAUAAAUUAUUAAGAAAAAUAAAAUAGGUUGUUAAUUUUAAGGAAGAAGAUACAUAUCAUAUUCCAGGUGCAAUUAGAGUUAGAAUGUGUAACACAGAUACUCAUUAACCAAAUGAACCUUAAUCAUAUAUUGUUGCAUAGCUUUCCUCUUUAGAAGCUCAUUAUUUAGAAUCUUUUCUUGGUAAAAUCAAUUUAUUUAUGGUUUAACCAUCUUUAUAAAAGACCAAAGAUAGUACCACUGAUUUAAGUGAAUAUGCAGAUAAUACAUUAUAAACUACAAAUAUGAAAUAUACACAAAUACCUGUUAGUGAAACUAAAUUUAUGUAAACUAAGUAUGAUUAAACAAAAGUAAAUAUUAAGAGUGUAAGAUCAUUUACUUUAUAAAAGUCAUCAGUUUCAGAUUCAGACUUACAUGAUGGAUAAUAAGCUGAAGGUAUUGAUAAAGUACCAGAAAGUAUCAUUAAAGUAUCAAUUUUAACUUAAGAUAUUAAAUUGAUUGUAAUUGUAUAAGAAAAAGAGAAAGAUAAAGAAAAGUCAAAUGAAUUCUUAUAAAUAUAAGUGAAUUAAAUAAGUGCAGUAUUGACUAUUAAUGAUGAUGAAUAUUUUAUUGAAGGAAAUAUUUAGAAAAUUGAAAUUAUUGAUUUAAAAUCAUUAUAAGGAAAUAGACAUAUGUUUUUAGGAAAAAAAGAAUAAAAAGAUAAGAAGAAAACUAAAGAAGAAAAGAAUAAAAAAAAUAUAGGUUUAACAAUAUUUUCAAAUAAACAUUAAGUUGAAAAAUAAAUGGUUUAAUUUAAAUAUUCUAAAUUUAAAAUACCAAGUAAUAAUGAUGAUAUUUCUGAUGAUCUAUAUUUAAUUGUUAGAGAUUGUUUUAUAGAUUAUUUACAUGCUACAAUUAUUAAGGUUUUAAGUUUAUUAGAGAUUUCUUAAAAAAAGAAAUAGGCUAAUAAAGAAGAGAAUGAAUUAGAUUUAGAAUUAAUUAAAUAAAAACUUUUAGCUCCUUCUUUAAUUAAGAUUAAAAUUUUACUUGAAAAUCCUAAAAUACUUAUUAAACCUGCUGGAAAUAUCAGUUAAUCAUUUGAAUUAUAAAUUAAAUAAGUUUGUUUUGAAUUGGAUGCAAAUCAAGAAAAGAAUAAAGUAAUAGAAAUGGCUAUAAAAGCAAAUAAGAAAUAAAAUUAAGCAGGCUAAUAAAUAGAUUCAUUAUGGUGGUAAAUUAUAGUAGUUUCUGCAGACACAAUGAGAAUAUUGAUAAGAAGUACUUCAGAUUUAUAAUACAUAUCAAACCCUUUUUCUGGUGUAUUAAGAAUAUAAACACCAAUGUUUUUAAGUGAAUAUGAAAUUUUAUGUCCUAACAUAGUUCUUAAUAGGAAUUAAGAAAUCAGAAUAAAAGUGACUGAUAUUUAACUUAACAUUUUGAGAAAUCAUUAUUUAUUCUUAUUAUAAGUUAUGCAAACAUAAUAUGAAAUUUAAAGUUAAAAGACUUAGAGAAAGAGAAAGUAAUAACAAUAACAAUAACAAUAGAAUAAAAAGUAAAAUUAAGCUGCUUUAAUUUUUAAAUUAUCAAAAAUUACAAUUAGAUUAAUGGAUGAAUGUAAUUAAUAUGCUUCAUAAGGAUCAUUUCUAAGACCUUUGAUAGAUUUAAGUUUAUUAGAUAUUGUAUUUCAAUUUAAGACAAAUUUAUCAUUGUCAGUAUAGGAUUUAAAAAGCACAUAUUAUUAAUAUCCAGAAUAGGAUGAUAAUAAUUUAAUUGUAAGAAUAUAACAUGUUAUUAAUAAUAUUUUUUUGGAAAGGAGAAAAUUAGAAGAAUUUUUGGAUGAAGACAUUUUGGAAGAUAAAGUAAAAGAAGUCAAAGAAUUGAUUAAUGAGAUGAAAAUGGAAUUUAAUAAUGAAUAACCAGUAAGUAGAUUUGAUGUAGAUGAUAAAUUGAGUAUAAAAGCAAUAUUAGGAGAAGAAUCUACAGAUGUUAGUAUUAAUAUUGGAGAAUCAAAAUAUUUGAUUAAUGCAUAUUAUCUUAAAACUAUUUCUUUAUUUUUUGAAAUACAUAAAUAUGAAGAAGAUGUUAAUAGUUAAUAAUCUCCAAUUUCAUAAUAGCCAGUUCAAAAUUAUUAUAAAUAAAAAUAGGCUUUAUUAAAUGUGAAUGUCAUUUUAUUAAAGACUUUAAUUAUAACUCAUAAUGAAAAAUUAAAAAAUUGUUUAAUUUUAUAAUUAGAUUCUUUUAUGAAAUUGAAUGAUGAAUUAAAUAAUUAAGCUCAUAGUAAUUAUCAUUAAAAGAACAAAGAGAAAUAUUCAAAUGAAUAGAAUAUUAAAAAUAGAAGAUUUGAAUUAAGUUUAACAGUUUCAUUAUUUAAUGCAAAUUUUGCAGCAUUAUAAAAGAUAUCUAAAUAAACUAAGAGAAAAAUGAUUUUAUAUCCUAUAAAAAUAGAAUUCAUAAGAAAUCAAUUUAUUUGCGAUUGUGAUAUUAAUUAUUCCAAUUAUAAGACUGAUGGCUAAAAUGAAUUAAUCUCAAAUAUCAUCAUAUAAGAUUAGUUAAGAUUUGAUAAAAUUAGGAUUAAUAUUUCACAUAAUGAUUAUGCUCUCAUAUUAUAAACAAUAAAAUUUCAAUAAGAUUCAAUAAAAUAAUGUGAUUAAUUUUUUAUUGAUGAUCAGGAAUCAUCAGUAAAUGAAACCAUAGUUCGUUAAAUGCCUAUAAAACCAACUUUAGGAGUAGAAGAAACAAUCCUUAGUAGAAAUGAAACUAAAAAGAAAAGUUUUUUGCCAGGAAAAUCAUCAUUAAUUAGAUUGAAAUCAAGUAUAUUACAAGGAUCUUUGUUGAAAGAUGAAGUAGUAUAAGUGUUUUAUGCAGCAGGAGAUUAAGAAAUGGAAAUGGUAAAAGAAGAAGAGAUUUUAUCUGAAUAAGAAUAACAAUUUGAAACAAUUAGACCUUCAAUAAAAAUUAAUAAAAUGAAAAUAAAAUUAGAUCUUUUAGAGAUAGUUUUGGUAAAUGAUAUUAAUAAAUCAUUUGCUCCAUUAUUAUUAUUUAGAUUUAAUGUUAAGAAAUUUAUGUUUGAUUAAAAUUAAAUAAGUAAAGCACUUAAAUGUUUAUUUUAAAUUGAAUUGAUGUAUUUCAAUCCAGUUGUAAGUAAGAUGGAACCAAUUAUAGAACCAUAUCUAUCAGAAUUAUUAAUUGUAUAAUAAAAUCAAUUUAUGCAAACAAUUCAUAUUAAUGGAUUGACACCAAUAUUGGACAUGAAUUUAUCUACAGAUAUGAUAAUAAAUUUAUAUAAAACAUUAACUUAAUGGUAAUAAUUAGAUUAAGAUGAUGAUGAAGAAGCUUUUAGAAGAAAUGAAUCCAAAAAAAUUACUAGAUUGGCUAGUAUGAAAGGUAUAUCUUUUAAAGAGAAUUAAGAUAAUGUUACUCUUUUUUCUCUUCUAAAUAAGAGUGGUUAUACUCUAUAAGUAUAAAAGAAUGGUAAUGAUGGAUUAAUUGAAAUAGCAAAUAAUGAUUCUAAAAAUUAUGAAGUACAAUCUCAUGAUGAAGAUUAUGCUAAAACAUUUGAAAGUGAUACUAGACUAAUGAUUAAAUUUAUUGAUUCUAAUAUGAUUUAAAAUUCAAUAAGUAAUGUUCCUAUAAAUUAUGCUGGAGUUAAAAAAUUAUAAUGGAAUGAAUAAACAUAAUAUUAUGUGCUUAGUACUUAAAUUGAAAAAUUGUAAAAAACAAUUACAAUUUAUUCACCAUAUAUGUUUGUUAAUCAAACUGAUUGUGAUUUGUCUAUCAAAUUAUCAUGUAUCAAAAUUACUAAAAAUUUUAUACUCAAACCAGGAGAAUAAGCAGCUAUGCCAUAAGAAUUAUAUAAAGAUGAUAGUUUUAUUGUUAUUCACUUUUAAGAUUCCAAAUAUACAAAAUUAACUUAACCAAAUGAACCCAUAUUUAUUAAGAGAAUAUUUCAUGAUAUUACUAUUUAAAUACUUCAUUAUCCAUGUUAUACAUUAGCUACUCUUAAUACAACCUUAGUUUAGAAUGUCAAAUAUAUAGAAUUUAAACCUAUUUUUAUUUUAUACAAUUUAUUACCUGUUCCACUUCAAUUUUUGUUUCAUUCAAAUCAAAAUUUAGAUCUACAAAAACUUAUGAUUAAUCAUUAUAAGAAACCUAAUAUUGGUAUACAAUAUGAAAAAUAAUAAUCAGGAUAUUCUAGAGGAAAUUCUUUAUCUCAUUUAUAAAAUGAAUAACAUGAAAAUCUUGUAAGAUCUGUUACAGUAACAGAAUUCAAUUAUACAACAACAAUUAAAGUAGAAGCAGGAUUAAUUGAAGUAGUUCCUUAAGGUGAAUUACAAAUGCAUUGGUUAAAGAAUGGUGAUCAUUUGGGAAUUAAUUUACAUGUAAGUGGAUUUGAAAUAAGUUAAAAAUAAGAUAUAAUAUAAGCUACAGAAUUUGAAUUAAAGGAUACAAUUAAUAGUUAAAGUUGUCAUAUCAAAGUAGAAAAAGAAUAGGUUAAAUAAACUAAAUUAAUUUAUUUUUCUGUCUAAACUUGUAUUAUUAAUACAACUAAUCGAAGAUUAAAAUAUUACACUUUAAAAGAUUAAAAACCUAUAAUAUUAUCUGGAUAAAAUAAAGAACCGAAACCUGAUAAAGAAUGUUUUGAAAGUAAUUAUGAAAAAAUAUAAAUUACUGAUACAAUCAAAUAUUUAAUGAUUGGAAUAGAUGAUUGUAUCUCUAAUGAAGUUAAUGUAGGUCUUUUGGGAUCUAUAGGAUUAUAAUUAAAAGAAAAGAAUGGAAAUAUGGUUUCAUUAAAUGAGUUUGGUAUUCACAUUUCUUUAGCAAAUAAUGUGAUAAGAAAGGGUGUUUAUACUAAAGUUAUUGAAAUAAUGCCAAGAUUUGUUGUAAUAAAUAAUACAGGAAUGUAAAUAAAUAUAUGUUAAUCUGGAUUUGAAUCAUAACCAAAAAAAUUAAAUCCAAAUAAACGAUAUCAAUUAAUUUGGCCUGAUUGUAGAUUAGAAAAAUCAAUCAGAAUUUAAAAAUAUGGUAAAUAUAAUUGGAGUGGAGACUUAUUUAUUAAUGAAAUAAGAAGUACAAGUUUCUUUUCUUCAUCAUUUAAUGAAAAUAGUUAAUAAUUGAGUAAUUUCUCUAUAGAUUAAUAAAAGAGUAGAAUAUUUGAAAAAUCAGGAAUCUAUAAAUAGUUUAAUCUAAAGAAAUAUGAUCCUUAAGAAUUUUUAUAAUAUAAAGAAUCAUUACCAUUAUAAACUUCAAUGAUGUGUUCAUCUAGUUAAGAAUUCUUUAAAGAUUGCUUAUUUCUAACAGCUGAAAUUACAAAGAUCAAAGCAACUAAUUUUAUUUUAAUAGAAUAACAAAAUGAAGAAAAUCAACUAUAUAAAUUAGUCAAUAAAUGUCGUCCAUUUAAAAUACAUUAUGGAUAAGAUAGUUACAAUAGUUUUUAAGAAUGGAUUCUUGAUUGUGAUUAAACAGUACCUUUUUCUUGGGAAUAACCAAGUCAUUCAUUUAAACUAAGAGUUAAAUUCGUUUACAAUCAAAAAAUUGAACAUAUUGAAAUAAUAGACUUUUAAUAAUAAGAAAGUUUAUAAGAAAUUCAAUUUUCUAAUUAUUUCAUUUGGAUUAAGUCUGAAUUUUAAGGAUAAACAAGAGUCAUUACAUUUCAAUAGGUUAAUGAAUCUAUGAGAAAUAUGACUACAUCACAUAAAAGAGAAGUUGAAGAUAUUCACAAAUUAAUUAAAUUGUAUAUAUCUCAAUUAGGUAUUUCUAUUAUCACAAAACGAUAAAAUAUACUUCUAGAAGCUAAUUAUAUAUUUAUGAGUGGUAUAGAAUUAGGAAUCAUGCAAACUGAAAAUUAGACAACUGCAUAAUUGAGAGUUAAGUUUUUCCACAUUGAUAACAAUACAUCCUUGGAUACAACUACACCUGUCUUGAUGACUUUGAGAAGAUACUAUUAAGUUACACAUGAUAGAAAUUACUACUUUUUAGAAGCCAGUAGUUCCUUUGAGCAUUAAGUCAAGGCAAUUCUAUUAUAUAAUUCUAUUAAGAUAUAUAUUUAACCCUUUUAAUUAUAGUUUGAUGAAGAAUAUAUUCAAGUUGUUCUUGAAACUAUCAAAGAAAUCAAAUCAAAUCUAUAAAACUAAUUUGAAUUUGAAUAUAAUGGAUCACCACACUCAAUUAAAUCCUUAUGUUUCUAAACUCCACAAUAAAGACAUUAUUAUUUAGAAUCUAUGUUUUAAUAAAAUUCAUCCAAUCCUUGUAUUGUUUGGAAAUCUCUUGAAAUUAAUAGAUCCAAGAAAUAAGUUUAUAUUAAGGAGUUUGUUCUCUCUAAAAUUGAUUUACGAUUCUCAUUUCAUAAGAGAUUUAGAACAACUAUAUAAUAUGAUGAAAAUGUUUUCAAUCUUUUUUCUACAGCUAUUGGAGCUACAGUCUAAAAUUUUAAUGAAGCUGAAAUCAUUCUAGAUUGUUUUAGAUUAAGAUCAGUAUAUGAUUCUAAGGAAAUAGUACUUUAAUCUAUAUAAGAUCAUUAUAAGAGUGAGAUUAUCAGAUCUAUUUUAAAAAUUAUUGGUUCUAUUGAAAUUAUUGGUAAUCCAGUCAAAUUUGUACAAUAGAUAACAAAUGGUGUUGUUGAUUUUGUUGAGAUGCCAAUAUAAGGCUUAAGACAUGGUCCACUUGAAUUUGGAGUUGGAUUAUGUAAAGGUACAGGAUCUCUUUUAAAAAAUACAGUUGCUGGUGCUUUUUAUUCUGUCAAUAAAGUAACUGGAUCAAUUAGUGCAAGUGUUUCAUUACUAUCAAUGGAUGAUGAUUAUUUAGAAAAACGUAGAAUAUUUAUGUUGAAAAGACCUGAUCACGUUUUGGAUGGAUUAUCUUAAGCAGGACAUUGUCUCUAUAAUGGUUUUUCAAAUGGUAUUACUGGAGUAGUCACAUAACCAUAUCAAGAAACUUAGAAAGAUGGUAUUAAAGGAUUUGUUAAGGGAACUCUAAAAGGACUAUCUGGAUUGGUUGUUAAACCUAUAGCUGGAGUAUUAGAUGCUAGUGCUAAAGCAGCUGAAGGAGUGGUUUCAACUGCAACACAUUUUGAUGAUAAACCAAAUGAUACUAGAAUUAGAUUUCCAAGAAUUUUCUAUGAGAAAUCUAAAUAUUUUUAAAAAUAUAUUGCAUUAGAUGCUCAAGUAGUUAAUUUUUUAAUUGGAUUUAUGAAUGGAAAAUAUAAGGAUAUUGAACUCAUUACUUGCUUUUAUUUAAAAGAAACUGAAACAUAACUUAAUAAUAUGUAAAGAUAAAUAUUAUCAGCUACUAAAUCAAUUCAUGAAUGUUUUAAAUAUACUUCUAAAAUUCUUAUAUUAUCAUAUUAAUAUAUUUUAGUACUAGAGAACAUGACACUUAUAUAAGAAAUUAUUACUAAAGAAAUUUUAGAAAUAUAAGAACCAAUAAAUGGAUUUUUAAGACUCUUAAUUGAAAACAAAUAAAAUAUAGAAAUUAACAUAUUAUUAGAUGAAAUUGAAUUAAAAAAAGCAACUACAUUAUUAGACUAUUUACAUUAAUAAGUCAAAAUUUAAUAUGAUUGA